AUGGUCCUGCCCAAGCGGGGCGUCAAGGACGUCCUCUCCGGCUGCUUCGCUGGCGUGGUCGGGACCUGCAUUGGCCAUCCGCUGGACACUGUGAAAGUGCGCCUGCAGACCCAGUCGCACUACCGCGGCGCGCUCGACUGCUUCCUCAGCGUGGUCAAGAAUGAAGGCGUGCGAAGCCUGUACCGCGGCAUGGGCUCGCCGUUGGUCAGCCUCACCAUACUCAACAUGCUCUCGUUCUCGGUCUACGGGCAGCUCAAGGUGAAGUUGCAGGAGUGGAACCAGGCCUUUGUGCUGCUGGCCCAGGAGGACCCACGCCUCACCACCACCAACAGCAGCAGCUCUGACCUGCCUUAUUUUCUUGCCGGGGCGGGGGUCGGGGCGAUCGCCACCUUCCUCUCGACGCCGUUCGAAAUGGUCAAGGUGCAGCUGCAGCUCGACAACGUGGCACUCAAGCAAUAUCGUGGAACAUUCCAUUGCGCCAAAGAACUGGUCAAGCUCCACGGACCCAAGAUUUUGUACAACGGCUUUUCGGUCAACAUGUUUCGGGAGGUGGUGUUCUGCACGGUCUACUUUGGCUGCUACGAACAGCUCAAGCACGCCCUCAACCAAUAUUUUGGCCCCACUGCCGACGGGAAAGACCACGCUCGGGCGAUCUUGAUUGCUGGCGGCACGUCGGGCGUGGCCGCCGGCUUCGCCAAUUUCCCGCUCGACGUGAUCAAGGCCAACCUGCAGGGCCAGCCGGUGACGCGGGCCUUCUACGCCGAGCGCCGCGGCUUCCGCGAGGUGGUGCGGGCCUGCUGGGCGCGAGGCGGCGUGCGCGCCUUCUUCUCGGGCCUCGGGCCGUCCACCCUUCGAUCGGCCUUCGUCAGCUCCACCCGCUUCAGCGCCUACGAGUUCGCCUUCUCCUUCCUCUCUUCGCUUGAAGAAGACGGUCAUCGAUGA